AUUGGUUCCCACGUAAAGCAUGUUCCUGCGGUUAGCAAUUUGCAGAAACAAAUCGCUUGCGCCCCAAUACAGGUCAGAUGGAGUAGCACUGAGCCAUCUUUGAAGAAUGACACUACAGCAACCGAAUUUAAAGGAUAUAAGGGGCAUGAUAUGUUGGCACCCUUUACCGCGGGGUGGCAUACUACUGAGUUGGAACCUUUAGUCAUAAAAAAAUCUGAGGGUUCUUACGUCUAUGACAUUAACGGGAAGAAAUACCUCGAUGCUCUAGCUGGUUUGUGGUGCACAUCUUUAGGUGGAAACGAGCCUCGUCUUGUUGCUGCUGCAACUAAACAACUCAACGAGUUGCCUUUUUACCAUUCAUUUUGGAAUCGUACCACAAAACCUUCUUUGGAUCUCGCAAAGGAACUCCUUGAUCUGUUUACUGCAAAGAAAAUGGCAAAAGCAUUUUUCACAAACAGCGGGUCGGAAGCCAAUGACACACAGGUGAAGCUGGUAUGGUAUUACAACAAUGCACUUGGGAGGCCAGACAAAAAGAAAUUUAUUGCUCGAACAAAAUCAUACCACGGGUCAACUCUCAUUUCCGCGAGUCUCUCUGGUCUUCCUGCACUACAUCAGAAAUUUGAUCUACCAGCUCCAUUUGUUCUGCAUACCGACUGCCCUCAUUAUUGGCGCUUUCAUCUGCCAGAUGAGACGGAAGAGGAGUUCGCGACAAGGUUGGCGAAUAAUUUGGAAAAUCUCAUACUCAAAGAGGGGCCGGAAACAAUAGCUGCUUUCAUUGCGGAACCAGUCAUGGGGGCAGGAGGUGUCAUACCUCCUCCCGCGACCUAUUUUGAAAAGAUCCAAGCUGUACUGAAGAAGUACGACAUUCUUCUCAUCGCGGAUGAGGUCAUAUGUGGAUUUGGAAGGCUCGGGACAAUGUUCGGAUGUGAAAAGUACAACAUUAAACCCGAUCUUGUCUCUGUAGCAAAGGCUCUUUCAUCCGGAUAUAUGCCCAUCGGAGCAGUCCUUGUAAGCCCCAAGGUUACCGAUGUCAUAUAUUCUCAAAGCAACAAACUUGGUACAUUUUCCCAUGGAUUUACUUAUUCCGGUCACCCUGUCUCAUGUGCGGUUGCCUUGGAAACACUGAAGAUCUACAAGGAAAGGAAUAUUAUUGAGCAAGUAAACAGAAUAUCGCCAAAGUUCCAAGAAGGUCUGAAAGCAUUUUCCAACAGUCCCAUAAUCGGGGAGAUAAGGGGAACUGGUUUGCUACAUGGUACAGAGUUCACAGAUAACAAAUCUCCUAAUGAUCCUUUCCCUCCUGAAUGGGGUAUCGGUGCAUAUUUUGGAGCACAGUGUGAGAAACACGGUAUGUUAGUACGCGUUGCUGGUGACAACAUAAUGAUGUCUCCUCCCUACAUUCUUAGUCUGGAAGAAAUUGACGAGUUGAUAAUCAAAUAUGGGAAAGCAUUGAAGGAUACUGAAAAGAGAGUGGAAGAACUCAAGGCUCAGCAGAAGUAAAAAAAGCUGUUAAUUAGACUUACAUGCCUGAAUGUAAAUAUAUGUAACGAUUAGUUUUACGCUGACAGUCAACCUACAUCGACUGGUCUUUACCUAUGUGGUUUUAACCAUCUAUGCAUUGUGAAAUGAUUUUGGUUGAUUAUUGAAAAAAGAAAGUAAAUAUUUUCAA